AGUGCAGCCCUGGUUACGCCUCCUCUGGCUCAGUCACAUAGCUGCGUGGUACGUGACUGGAGGUGUAGCGUUGUCCUCGUCUGAAUCACGCUGAUGUGGCCCCAACCCCACCUCCCUCCCCACCCCAUGAUGUCAGAAAAAACCAGACAGAACAAAUUGGCCGAGGCCAAGAAAAAGUUCACAGACUAUCGUCAGUGGAACAUUGCUGGUGUUGGUACCAGAGCAACUGACACCAAAAAGAAGAAAAUAAAUAAUGGCACUAACCCUGAGACAACCACUUCUGGUGGUUGCCACUCACCUGAGGAUAAACAACAGAACCGAGCGCAGCUGAAAGAAGAAAAGAAGGCAAGCCACCAACAUCAGGAAGCCCUAAGGCGGGAGAUAGAGGCCCAGGAUCAUACAAUACGAAUUCUCACGUGUCAGAAAACUGAACUGGAGACAGCGCUCUAUUACAGCCAGGAUGCUGCCAGGAAAUUUGAAGAUGGGAACCUGGGCACCCCAUCAUCCUUCAACCUGGCACUUUCACAGGCCUUUAGGGGGAGUCCUUUGGGCUGUGUCUCAACCUCUCUCAUUCCAGGAGAGUCCAAGGAUCUCGCCGGCCACUUGCAUCAUUCCUGGCACUUUGCAGGAGAGUUACUGCGGGCUCUCUCUGCUGUGUCCACACGGCACAAGAAGGCAGACAGGUACAUCGAGGAGUUAACAAAGGAGAGGGACGCCCUGAGUCUGGAACUGUACAGGAACAUCAUAACCAAUGAGGAGCUGAAGAAGAAAAAUGCCGAACUACAAGAAAAACUUCGACUUGCAGAAUCUGAAAAGUCUGAGAUCCAGCUCAACGUGAAGGAGCUAAAAAGGAAACUGGAGAGGGACAAAAUCCUGCUGCCACAGGUUCAAACCAACACUUUGCAGGAGGAGACGUGGAGGCAGGAGGAGGAGCUACGGGAGCAGGAAAAGAAGAUACGGAAGCAGGAGGAGAAGAUGUGGAGACAGGAGGAGAGACUGCGGGAGCAGGAGGGGAAGAUGCGGGAGCAGGAGGAGAAGAUGUAGAGACAGAAGAGGCUGCGAGAGCAGGAGAAGGAGCUGCGGGAGCAGGAGAAGGAGCUGUGGGAGCAGGAGGAGAAGAUGCAGAAGCAGGAGGAGAAUAUGUGGGAGCAGGAAGAGAAGGUGUGGGAGCAGCAGAGGCUGCCGGAACAGAAGGAGAAGCUGUGGGAACAGGAGAAGAUGCAGGAGCAGGAGGAGAAGAUAUGGGAGCAGGAGGAGAAGAUGUGGGAGCAGGAGGAGAAGAUGUGGGAGCAGGAGGAGAAGAUGCGGGAGCAGGAAGAGAAGAUGUGGAGACAGGAGGAGAAGAUGCGGGACCAAGAGGAGAGGAUGUGGGAGCAGGAUGAGAGGCUGCGGGAGAAGGAGGAGAGGAUGCGGGAGCAGGAGAAGAUGUGGGAGCAGGUGGAGAAGAUGCGGGAGGAGAAGAAGAUGCAGGAGCAGGAGAAGAAGACGCGGGACCAGGAGGAGAAGAUGCAAGAGGAGGAGAGGAUGUGGGAGUGGGAGAAGAAGAUGCGGGAAGAGGAGGAGACGAUGCGGGAGCAGGAGGAGAAGAUGCAGAAGCAGGAGGAGAAUAUGUGGGAGCAGGAAGAGAAGGUGUGGGAGCAGCAGAGGCUGCUGGAACAGAAGGAGAAGCUGUGGGAACAGGAGAAGAUGCAGGAGCAGGAGGAGAAGAUAUGGGAGCAGGAGGAGAAGAUAUAGGACCAGGAGGAGAUGUGGGGGCAGGAGAAGAAGAUGCGGGACCAGGAGGAGAAGAUGUGGGGCCAGGAGGAGAAGAUGUGGGGGCAGGAGGAGGAGAUGUGGGGGCAGGAGGAGAAGAUGUGGGGGCAGGAGGAGAAGAUGCGGGAGCAGGAAGAUGUGGAGACAGGAGGAGAGGCUGCAGGAGCAGGAGGAGAAGAUGUGGGAGCAGGAGGAGAAGAUGCGGGAGCAGGAGGAGAAGAUGCGGGAUCAGGAGCAGAAGAUGUGGGACCAGGAGGAGAGGAUGUGGGAGCAGGACGAGAGGCUGCGGGAGAAGGAGGAGAGAAUGCGGGAGCAGAAGAAGAUGUGGCAGCACGUGGAGAAGGUGCGGGAGGAGAAGACGACGCAGGAGCAGGAGAAGAAGACUUGGGACCAGGAGGAGAAGAUGCGAGAGGAGGAGAGCAUGCGGGAGCGGGAGAAGAAGAUGCAGGAGGAGGAGAUGAUGCGGGAGCAGGAGGAGAAGAUGCAGGAGCAGGAAGACAAGAUGCCGGAGCAGGAGGAGAAGAUGUGGGAGCAGGAAGAUAAGAUGCCGGAGCAGGAGGAGAAGAUGUGGGAGCAGGAAGAGAAGAUGCAGGAGCAGGAGGAGAAGAUAGAAUAUGUGGGAGCAGCAGAGGCUGCCGGAACAGAAGGAGAAGCUUUGGGAACACGAGAAGAUGCAGGAGCAGGAGGGCAGGAGGAGAAGAUGUGGGGCCAGGAGGAGAAGAUGUGGGGGCAGGAGGAGAAGAUGCGGGGGCAGGAGGAGAAGAUGUGGGGCCAGGAGGAGAAGAUGCGGGGCCAGGAGGAGAAGAUGCGGGGGCAGGAGGAGAAGAUGCGGGACCAGGAGGAGAAGAUGUGGGGCCAGGAGGAGAAGAUGUGGGGCCAGGAGGAGAAGAUGUGGGGGCAGGAGGAGAAGAUGUGGGGCCAGGAGGAGAAGAUGUGGGGCCAGGAGGAGAAGAUGUGGGGGCAGGAGGAGAAGAUGUGGGGGCAGGAGGAGAAGAUGUGGGGCCAGGAGGAGAAGAUGGGGGGGCAGGAGGAGAAGAUGCGGGACCAGGAGGAGAAGAUGCGGGGGCAGGAGGAGAAGAUGCGGGACCAAGAGGAGAAAAUGUGGGGCCAGGAGGAGAAGAUGCGGGGGCAGGAGGAGAAGAUGCGGGAGCAGGAGGAGAAGAUGUGGGAGCAGGAAGAGAAGAUGCAGGAGCAGGAGGAGAAGAUGUGGGAGCAGGAAGAGAAGAUGUGGGAGCAGCAGAGGCUGCCGGAACAGAAGGAGAAGCUGUGGGAACACGAGAAGAUGCAGGAGGAGAAGAUGCAGGAGCAGGAGGAGAAGAUAUGGGAGCAGGAGGAGAAGAUGCGGGACCAGGAGGAGAAGAUGUGGGGGCAGGAGGAGAAGAUGUGGGGGCAGGAGGAGAAGAUGUGGGGGCAGGAGGAGAAGAUGCGAGAGAAGGAGGAGAGGAUACGAGAGCAGAAAGAGAAGAUGCAGGAGAGGCUGCCAGAGCACGAGGAGCGGUGCUCAGAGCCCUGCCUCCCUCCCUCCAAAGUUCUUUGUAAUAUGAGCCACACUGGCAGCGUGGAGCCUGCAGGAGGAGAGGCUGGGGAGGGUUCUCCGCAGGACAACCCCAGUGCACAGGAGAUCAUGCAGCU